UCCGGUGAAUCGCCCUAAACCCUAAAAUUAAACAUUGCUUACAUGAUUUCCAUCCGCCGUGGAAGUGAGGAGGAAGGUCGGAAGAGGCAUAGAGACGGUGACAAUAGGGAUAAAGAUAUGGUUAAGAGACAUAGAGACGGUGACGACAAUGGGAGGCACAAGGAGCUUUCAGAUUAUGCCAAGAGAAUUAGAAUUGAUAGAGAUGAAAAGGAGAGUCGGUGUGACCUUGAAAGGGAAGAGAGUAGGAAGAAAGAGGACACGGGGAUACCGCAAACUGGAAUCAAUGGUGUCGGUGUUUACAUUCCACCCUUUAAGUUAGCAAUGAUGAUGAAACAACAAGUUGAUGAUAAAACUAGUCCUGAGUAUCAACGCCUCACUUGGGAUGCUCUAAGAAAGAGUAUAAAUGGACUGCUAAACAAGGUCAAUGCCACCAACAUUAAGAAUAUAAUUCCAGAAUUGUUCUCCGAGUCCUUGAUUCGCGGAAGAGGCCUCUUCUGUAGAUCCUGUAUCAAGUCUCAGAUGGCAUAUCCUGGCUUUACCGACGUCUUUUCCGCAUUGGUUGCUGUUGUCAACACCAAAUUUUCUCAAAUUGGGGGUCUUUUGCUAAGAAGGAUUGUUCUGCAGCUAAAAAGAGCGUAUAAGCGGAAUGACAAGCCUCAAUUACUUGCUGCUGUUAAAUUUCUAGCACAUCUGGUGAAUCAGCAAGUGGCUCAUCAUAUCAUUGCACUAGAGCUACUCAUAGUUUUGCUUGAGAACCCAACUGAUGACAGUGUUGAAGUAGCUGUUGGUUUUGUCACAGAAUGUGGUUCCAUUCUGCAGGAUCUCUCACCUACAGGACUUCAUGGUAACUAUAUGAUUAUACACUUCUAA